AAUUAACCAUCCAAUCAACAAGUGACUAUGCCGACGACCGAAUUAUUGCCCGAAGGCUAUGUGUGGAACUGUGAUUAAAAUCGACGGCAUUCAGGGAUCUUCAUCUGUGCUGUACCAUGCCUGCGUAUUUACCCCACAACUAGGUAUCCAAACUUGGAGGAUCGUGGUCCAUACGUCGACGUAAAUGAGUCCUACUGGACAAUCUUCAUAGACUUAGGUACUCUAAGAGCUAGACUACCGGCUACCUGAACAUACACCAUGCCAGCGAUUUGAGUAUAUCUACUAACUUAUAAAUAUGGGAACUUACCAAGCUAAAACGGAACUAUUGCUGCCCACUGUCACCCUUGGGGAUAAUCUAUGAAGGUGGCAGUGCGUCAGCCCUAGCUGCAUUCCAUGGCGAUCAAGUACAAACGCAUUGAAGACUUUCCAUGAUUGGUUUGCAGCGAGGGUUUUACUACGUAAGAGGUACAUGUUGGGUACCUAUUCUACCCAUACAAAUAGACCGGAACGUAACUACUAUCAUUGUGUUGGGUUGUUAUGAUGCUGAUCGCCAAGAGACUUGUUACUCUCACGACAGGCCUCAUUGUAGGACUUCUGUUCGAGCAUGCUUCAGCUCAAAAUGGUUGGCCAGCUCCCGAACCUAUGAAAGGGACUAUCCCCAACAACCCUAUCGCGCAGACACUAGACCCCGCCUUAAUUCGGCGCCAAUCAGAUAAUAAAUUAUUUCUAUACACCACGGGAAAGAACGGCAGCGUCUGGACGGCGGAAUCUCUAUACGGGCCUUGGACGCAUGAAGGCACUGCGAAGUUCCGCGAGUACGGCGGUGCCCCUUCGAUACAUCGCGUAGGGGAUACGUACUACGUCUACAUUAACAACCACGAAUUCGACUACUCUACGGUUGGCGUCACAGACCCUGCUAUACACACCUGGGCGCACAACUCUAGCCUCCUCGUCGCUUCGUCCAAGACGCUUGAGACCGGCGACUGGGAGUGGCACGGCCGCCUGGAGAUCGACUGGGCCAAGAGGUACAACAUUCUUGACGCGGCUCUACUCACCGUCGACGAGGGAGGAAAGCGUCGAAAUCUCCUCUCGUUUGGAUCGUACCAGCAGGGUAUCUUCCAACUUCCGCUAGCGGAUCCGCCGAUCAAGAUCGCAGACGGUGCCAACGAGAACAUCAGCCAUCUCGCCAAUAACAAGACCUCGGCUUUUCCGACCGGUCCGACGGAGGCUGCUUAUAUCUUCAAGUGGCAGGAUUGGUACUACCUGUUCUUCUCGUCCGGUCGAUGCUGCAAGCAGCCGGAUGGCCAUUGGGUCGAUAGGGGUGAUGUUUAUAAAGUGAUGGUGUGCCGCUUUAAGCGACCAGGUGGCGGAUUUGUUGAUGAUAAGGGGGCCGACUGCGCCAACAACAACGGCGGCAAGGAGAUACUAGGAACCCACGAUAACAUUUGGGCUCCCGGCGGUCAGGGGGUCCUUAUCGAUGAUGAGGCCGGGGGGCCUAUCAUAUAUUAUCAUUAUGUGCCAUAUGACGCUAAAAGCAAAACCCCCGCGAACGAGUUCCGAUUUGGUUGGAAUAAGCUCGACUUUGGCUCUGGAUGGCCUGCAGUUGUUGAAUAAUUUUAUCGCCUCAAAUAUGAGAGCUAGGUAUAAUGACAUUAUUAUUUAGAUCGGAUUCAUCGCUAUUGGGAACUAUAUGGGUUAAUAGAAUCUAAAGAGGUGCAUAUAUAUAUUUGAGCCGGGCGUAAAGCUAGGACAAGUUGAAGUUGAAAU